CUAAUCAUUUAUGUGAUUGGUGCGUAAUUAAUAUUAAUAUCCAAUUAAUUUAAAAAACAUUUUAGAUUAGUUGUUUACAUUAUGAGUUCGAAUAAAAAAGUUAGUGCAAUGAAUUCUAAGAAUGUUGUGGAUUUUAACCUUGAAUUCGGAAUAAACAAGAAUGAAAAUAUUAAACGUAGUUUCCCAUUUUUACAAUAUUUUGGUGCUAUCACAGCAAGUAUGAUGUAUCUUCUACUCGGUGUUCAUGGUGGUUGGUCUGGACCAAUUUUACAAAAAAUAAAUGAAUCCACUACAUUAAAUAUAACGCAACAAGAAGAUUCAUGGAUAGCUUCAUCGUUUACAUUCGGUUCAAUACCAGCACCCAUAUUGGGUGCUAUCGGUGGUAUGGUUUUAGGACGAAAACGUACCUUGGUACUUGCAACAAUACCAAUAUUAAUUGGCACACUAUUAUUUGUGACAACAACAAGUGUAUGGAGUUUAAUAGUCGGUCGUAUAUUAUGCGGGAUAGGUAUUGCUGGUGCGACACCAAUUGUUCCGAUGUAUAUAAGUGAAAUUAGUUCUCCAACUCGUCGUGGACGAUUAGGGUCAAUUAUUAUGGCUGAAUAUAACAUAGGUGUCUUAAUUAUUUAUGCAAUGGGGCCAUAUGUCUCAAUUACAGUAAAUAGUAUUAUAUUGAUAUUUAUAAUUUUGUUGUUUAUUUUAAGUUUUUCGUUCAUGCCUGAAUCUCCCUACUAUUCGGUAAUUUCAAACCAACCGAAAUUAGCAUACGAUGCCUUAGAAAAAUUUCAAGUGAGUAAUGACAAUCAAGAAAAAUUAAUUGAAAUCCAAGAGUAUAUCAAAGAAUUAAAAGACAAAAAUGUUUCAUAUUUGGAUUUAUUUCGAAUUGAUUCGAAUCGAAAAGCACUAUUCUAUACAUUACUUUUAACCACAACAAAUGCACUAACAGGUAUAAAUGUCAUUUUAGCAUAUGCUCAAACUAUUUUCGAUGAAAUUGGUAGUGAUAUAUCAUCGAAUUAUGCUUCAAUAGCUUUCGCAACUGUUGGUGUUUUCACCGUUGUAUUAGCAAGUUUUUUCGUUGACACAUGGGGUAGACGACCAUUAUUAAUUGUGUCAACUUCUUCUACAGCAAUUUGCUUAUUUUUAAUCGGGUUAUAUUUCUUUUUAAAGUACAUUGAUUUUGAAUAUAUAACAGAAAUUACAUUAUUACCUGUUAUAUUCUUAAUUUUGUCUAAAAUUACCAUGAGCAUAGGUAUUACACCAUUACCGCAAGUAUGUGUCGGAGAAAUGUUUCCUUCGAACUUAAUUGCAAUUGCGUCUUGCUUCAUAGAAUUUUAUGGUAACAUAUUACGUUUUAUUGUCAUUCAAUCGUAUCGAAUAAUAUCAAUCAAUUUUGGUAUAUAUAGUGUAUUUUGGUUAUUCUGUUUAUGUUGUACAAUUAAUACUGUGAUUAUAAUUAUGGUAUUUCCAGAAACUAAAAAUAAAAGUUUAGAAGAA